AUGACGAGGACAGUGGAAAUGUACAAAUGCCUUCAACAAUCACCACAAAUUUACAGACUUCUAAUGCAUUAUCUUCAUUUGGUCACAAUUCCAUUAUACUCGGUUUCCAUCUAUGUGCUCGUCUCAAAAACCACAAAAGUGCUGAAAAAUUAUAAAAACUACUUACUAUGGCAUAUUCUUGGGAACAUCGUGUUCGAGGUCUACAUAUCCUUAUUAAUGCUACCAAUGACAUAUCUGCCAUUCCCAGUCUUCCGUUCAACGGGAAUUCUGAUGCAUUUCGAUUUGAACGGCCUUCUCGCGUUCUACGCUUUAAUGUAUUUGAUAAUGCACAUUUUUAUUUCAAUUCUUGAAAUGUUCCGAUAUCGAUAUAAUGUGGCGAUCGACAAAACCUCAAAGUCGUAUUCAAUGGUUCGCAAUUUGUACAAAGUCAAUUAUGGCUUUUGCAUUCUUUCACCAAUUAUAGCAGGGUGUGCACUUCCGAGUUGUCUGUCUCAUCAAUUGCUCUACAAAAAUCAAUUGUUCGAUAAAUACAACGAUGCCGUUCCGAUUGAGAUCAUGUGCAACACGACGGUCAUUGCUCCGCCAUUCUCUGACACUGUUAUGAUUCUCACUCUCAUUAUCAUUGUUAUUCUGUGCAUUCUUGGCGGUAUCAUUAUUACGACGACCACUAGAGGGAUAUUGAAGAAGCUUGACGAGAUGAGGAGCAACAUGUCGGCGAGAACUGUGGCUUUGCAACGAAUGCUGCUCAUCAGCUUGGUUGUGCAGGGCCUCGUUCAUUGCAUAAUGCUCAUUAUUCCAAUUGCCACAUUUUUAUACGCGAUCGUUUACGUUUUGACGAAUGACGUAAUUGCCUACAUCGGAAUAUUGGUGAUCUCGUUUCAUGGCCCAUUCUCCACGAUUGCCAUGAUCAUUUUCACGAAGCCGGUUCAAGACGGUAUCAAAGGAUUGUUUCGUCCGAUCGUCGAGAGGAGAUCGACAAUUCAAUUGUCGGCGGUGGCGAUAUCGUGGAAUAAGUCGAUGUGA